AUGUCGUCCGCUUAUGUUGAUCAUGGCCGCCGGGCCCCUGGCAUCCCGCAGGGCUACCCGGACGGUUCUCACAUGAACCCCACAGGCGGAGCUGCCGCCGCCGAUAACAUGGGCCAGUUCGUGCACCAUUUCGGUACCCUCUCGCUCCCUGGCACGGCGGCCACCUUCAUUCAGCCACAGAGCACCAUCGGCGGUUCUGAUGGAAGCGUCGUGUACACCAAUUCGUACUCGCAGAUGCACCCUUACGGCGCCCAUAUCUCGGCGGGCUACGGAGACAUUGCAAUGCAAUACACCGCUGCUCCGCAGUACGCCAUGGGAGGUCACCAUGCGGGAAUGCUCCAGCAUUAUGCCCCGGGUCGUGGAGGCGUUGCGGCGCAAAUCCCUCGUGAGCUCCCAACCCUCGAGAACCGCCGUGGUUCAUACUCGACGUCGGCUACCGAGUCGGCGCCUCACACCCCAUUCUUCGGAACUGCCGGAGACCGGAGCACCGCCGCCCGGGUGGCAUCCGUCGAUCGGUCGAGCUACACGACCCCGUCCCCUCAGCAAGCCUUUGAUGUUGCUGCCAUUCCUCAGGUCCCCCUAGUCAAGGCUACCGCUGCCAAUGACCCGGAGAUUGACCGGAUCCUGACGAAUCCACCGGCUAUUCCUCGCGCCGUGCCCGCCGUGUUCACGGAUCAUGUCAAGACGCUCGACCAGUGCCUGGACAACCGCAUUCCCGGCAACAAGAAUGUUUACAUUCGCGGCCUCCAUCCCACCACAGAUGACGACCUCCUUCAGAAGUAUGCGGAGCGAUUCGGCGAGGUUGACCAGUCGAAGGCCAUCAUCGACACUUCGACGGGCGCGUGCAAGGGAUUCGGCUUUGCCAAGUUCAAGAGCGUCCGGGACUCGGAGCGGUGCAUUCGCGGCUUCUACCGCCUUGGAUACGAGGUCGGAUUCGCUCGGGAGAGCUUCAAUGCGCGGCUCAAGGCCGAGGGAGACGAUCUGUCCACGAACCUUUAUAUCUCGAACCUCCCAAAGGAUAUCACCGAGCCUAUGCUCAUCCAGAUCUUCCACCCGUACCAGAUUGCGAGCUCGAAGAUUCUGCGUGACUCCAACGGCAACAGCCGUGGUGUUGGCUUCGCGCGCUUCGAGUCCCGCGAGGUCUGCGAGCGCAUUAUUAGGGACUACAACGGCCUGAAGCUGGGCGUUGAUGCGCACGUUCAGGAGAUGCAAGUCCGCUACGCGGACACUCCUGCGCAAAAGGAACUGAAGCGCGUCACGGCUGAGCGCCGUCAGUAUCGCACCAAUGAGUACAACAUUGGGGCUUAUGGCACCCAUGCCGUGGGCAUGAACCCAACUAUGUACCAGCAGGGACGCGGCAGCUUCGAGAUGAGACGCUCUGGUUCGGCUGGUGGCAGCUACACCCCCUCGUUUCGCUCCGGAAACGGGCAUGGAAGCUUUAGCGGCCAUGGAUCACAGGGAAUGGGUCGUAGUGUUCACCAGCAAAACUCGACCGCGCCCCCUACUGUCGCCUCGGAUGAUGGCUCCGGCGAUGAGGGAGUGACUGUGGUCGACUCUUCGCCGACCGUCAACGACACCGCCAACUCGUCGCCUUCGGUCAAGAAGGAGAAGUCUUGAGUCCAUCUGCGUCAGCGCACAGCAUCCUUCGCCUCGCCCAGUCAUGUCUCUCGGCUCGCUCAGUCUUUUAAUUUGUCUUGUGGCUUCCUUCAUCGCUUUAUAUCAGAUUCCAUACGGCACAGGACUUAGCAUGUAUAGGGCGAGCCAUUGUUUGCACCCAUUCUCGGACUGAUUUUCUUCUACGAGUUUGUCAGCACACAUCAUAGCUUAUACAUCCACGGCGGGAUCUUUCAGCCUCUGGAGCAGGUAUGGUCGAUGUGGGCGCAUUCUUAUUCUCGGUUGAUUUCAUUCCUGGUACAUCCAUGGACUUUGGUCCUCGGCCCAAUCAGGGCUGCUAGAUAGAUUCAGUUCUCUCCUUGUAAUUGAGUCACAAUAUGCAUUCUAUAUGGGA